CAACAAGGAUUGGCUCUGCUGCUUUGGUGUAGCAUUGAUUACUGCAGAGAAAAGCAUGUCUGAGCCAGCAUGCACCAGCUCCCAAAACAAUGACCUAGUCACAUGGUGGUGAAUAUGCAAAGUUUUGAUGCUUUUUUCCUCCUGAAUAAAUCUGCACUUGCACGGUGCAUCUACUCCCCUAUUCAGCUCAACUGUUUAGGAAGCUGCAGAAAGAGAAAUACGUGGACUGAUGUGGGACAUUCAGUUCAUUCAGUGCCAAGAAUUGGCUCCACUGCUUUGGUGUAGCAUUGAUUACUGCAGAGAAAAGCAUGUCUGAGCCAGCAUGCACCAGCUCCCAAAACAAUGACCUAGUCACAUGGUGGUGAAUAUGCAAUGUUUUGAUGAUUUUUCCCCCUGAAUAGAUCUGCACUUGCACGGUGCAUCUACCCUGCAAUUUCCCCCUAUUCAGCUCAACUCUGCUGUUAGCUUCAAGAAGAGCAGAGUGGGGAUUGAAGCCAGACAAGCCAAUCAGCAGACAAGAGACAGAGCUUUGGCCCUUCCUCCUUCUAGAUGCCUCCAAUCAGUCAGUCCUGAGUAGGAGGAGCUGUGGUUGCAGGGUGAACAUCGAUCUACCCCUCUCACUGGAGCUGAAAUUGUGAAGUUUUUGAAUGCUUAGCUCUUUCUGAGCCGGUUCUAGGUUGCUCAACAGGUCUGUUAGUGUCUAGGUUACACAGAGAGAGAGCCGCCAUGUCUUCUGCAAGCCCCAAUUCACUCUUUGGGAUGGGAAACCCCUUACUGGACAUCUCUGCUGUUGUGGACAAAGACUUCUUGGACAAGUACACCCUGAAACCCAAUGACCAGAUCCUGGCAGAGGACAAACACAAAGCACUAUUUGAGGAGCUAGUGAAGAAGUUCAAAGUUGAGUACCACGCUGGAGGAGCCACACAGAACUCUAUAAAGAUCGCCCAGUGGAUGAUCCAAGAACCCCAUCAUGUGGGCACGUUCUUUGGCUGCAUCGGCAAAGACAAGUUUGGCAACAUCCUGAAGCAGAAGGCUGAGGAGGCCCAUGUCGAUGCCCACUACUACGAGCAAGACGAAGAGCCCACCGGGAGUUGUGCGGCUUGCAUCACCGGAGAUAACCGGUCUCUGGUAGCCAACCUAGCUGCUGCUAACUGUUAUAAGAAGGACAAACAUCUAGACCUGGAAGAAAACUGGAAGCUGGUGGAGAAAGCUAAAGUCUACUACAUCGCUGGUUUCUUCCUGACCGUCUCUGUGGAGUCCAUGCUGAAAGUGGCGAAGCACGCGUCUGAAAACAACAAGCUGUUUUGCCUGAACCUCUCUGCACCCUUCAUCUGCCAGUUCUUCAAGGACAACCUCAUGCAGGUUAUGCCCUACGUCGAUGUUCUGUUCGGCAAUGAGACGGAGGCAGCUGCAUUUGCUAAAGAGCAAGACUUCGAGACUGAGGACAUUAAGGAAAUUGCCAAGAAAGCCCAGGCUUUGCCCAAACACAACAAAAAGAGACAGAGGGUUGUAGUGUUGACCCAAGGGAAGGAUGAAACCGUUAUGGCGCAAAGUGACAAGUUCGAGACAUUCCCAGUACUGAAGAUUGCCUCCAAGGACAUCGUUGACACAAACGGUGCAGGCGAUGCCUUUGUAGGAGGUUUCCUGUCUGAGCUGGUGCAGGAGAAACCGCUGGAUCAGUGCGUGAAGGCGGCACACCACGCCGCCAACGUCAUCAUCAGACGAGCAGGUUGCACCUUCCCAGAAAAACCCAACUUCAACUGAGGGAUUCCCGGACAACAUGUCCUUCCGUCUGAAACCUCAUACUCAGCUGCAACUCCCAUAACUUCCACUAAUUUCUACAAAUACUAUCAGCCACCCGUCCAUGUUGUUUUUCAAUUAAUCCGCUCAUAACUUCCUUCCAAUUGUUAGUUGGGUGCCUCCAGCCAAGAGCCAAGAAGAUUUGUUUAUACAUAAAUGACCUAAAGGAAUCAUGAUAAAAUCACGGAUGUGAUUAUUUUAAUUUAUACAAAGGAUCUUAAUGGGAAAUCUUGUUUUCAUGUACAGUUGUUUUUGUUUCUAAAUGUUUUUUUUUGGCUUUGACACUGCCAACAUCCGGCUACACUGACGCCCAUCAGACUCUGCAAGCUGCGAGCGCUCGUGUUGACAUCACACAAGUCUGUUGUUUCUUCCCCUUGGAGACCGAGUCAAAGCACCAGAAGUUAACUCCACAACGGAAGGACACAUUAUACACAGAAGAAUAAUGAAUAAAAUAUCAGUCAAUAGAGGUUCUGGAUACUGCACUGAAAUAUGCAGUAGUGAUUUGUUUUUGACUUUUAUUUUUUUUAAACAUUAAUUAUUCUAGAUCAUGAGUUUAUACUUGUCUAGAUUUAAUUUAACAGGCCAGUUAUGAAACCAAAUGUUUUUCUUUUUAAGUGCACACUUUUUAAUUGUGUUAAAGCCUCUGCCCACUGAGGCCUGUGAUGUUAAAUGUCAGCUUCACUGUGUCAGUGAUGUUCAGAAGUUACCUUCAACUUCACCAUCGUGGAAGUUUGUUUUUUGGGCAGGUGCUUCCAGUAACGAGUGCCUUUUUUCCUUCCUUUCUCUGUCAAUGUUACAAAAUCUGCAGGGAAACUUGCAAACUAGACCAGUGAUGGGCAACUGGUGGCUUGUGUGGGUGGAAAUGGACAUACAACAUCUCUAAAAUGCAUGCAAGAUAGAAACAUAUUACAUUUUAAUGUUCUCUGUCAAAGGAAUACAGUGGGUAUUAAAACUGACUUUUUCACCAGACAGAAUAUGUAAACAAACUUUUGGACCGUCCGCUUUGCUAAAUCAGAUGUUAAUGGAAUAGAAAUAUACAUUUUCACAUAAUCAGAUCUUGAUAUUUUUAUUGCCAAGAUAUUAAAGAAAUGGGGGAAACAAAUGCAGAACAGCUAAAUUCAGGCACAGGCCACACUUGUGAUAUGGGGUCAAACAUUUCAAACCAUCUGUAUUAACCUGAGUUUGUGGUCUACGCAACACUGAAUACUUGAACACAAUUAUUCUGAAUAUGGAUCAAAUUUCAUGAUGAUGAGCAAGAAGUAGGUUUUCUGAAUACUACGAGAGUUGUUUUGAAACUGAUAUCUGAUAGCAUUGUCCCUGUGUUAAAUAGGUGUUUUUUUUAUGUUAAAAUGCACCAAAAAGCCUUAAGGUACGAUGUAUUCCUGGUCUCAGUUGCACUCAAGUUGCCCAUCUCUGUGCUUGACUGCGAUGCCUAAAAUUCAAGAAUAAACUGUACAACGAUGA